AAGGUCGGUCUUAGAGCUCCUGGGACACGUGAAGCCAAGUUGAUAGAGGAGCACAGGAUUCUAUUCUGUUUUAUUGGGUGUCAUCCUGCAGGUUCUCCACCGGCAAACAAAGCAAGAUGUUGCUGAUGUUUAGAAAAGCUGUCGCCGCCGGAGGCAGGACAUAUCAGCACUGCAGGCUGUUUUCCUUGUCGUGCUCCUCACGGAGUGAUAGAAAAGGUCUUGUUCUUGGUGUUUAUGACAAAGAAAAAGACGAAAACAGCUUAAAAUUUACAGAAGCAGGAGAGGCGUUUGAUAUGUCUGUCUCAGGAAGGCUUCGUGAGCUCUUAACAGUAUCUGGACCUGCACUGACACAGGGGAAAAGUCGAGUUUUCCAUGCUGUGCGCCAGGAUUUUCCAAGUGUGGCUGUUGUUGGUCUUGGUAAAUCUUCAGCUGCAUUUUGCAACCAGGAAAACUGGGACAGUAAAAAAGUGAACAUCCGUAAUGCUGUCUCAGUUGGGUGCCGGCAGCUCCAAGAUCUGGAAAUCCCUACAAUAGAAGUGGAUCCUUGUGGUGAUGCCCAGUCAGCUGCAGAAGGAGCUAUAUUAGGUCUGUUUGAAUAUGAUGAAUUGAAGCAGAGAAAGAAAACUGUUGUUGCAGCACAGCUUCAUGGAAGCUCUAACAGUGAAUCUUGGCAGAAGGGAGUUCUUUAUGCUGAAGGACAAAAUUUUGCCCGAUAUUUAAUGGAAUCACCAGCAAAUCACAUGACACCAUCAUGCUUUGCAAAUAAGAUCCAGCAGAGACUAAAAUCUGUGUCUGAUAAGGUAGAAGUCCACAUCAGGCCAAAGUCUUGGAUAGAAGAUCAACAGAUGGGUUCUUUUCUGAGUGUGUCAAAGGGUUCAGAUGAACCACCUGUGUUUGUUGAGGUUCAUUACAAAGGGGCAACCAAUACAAAGUCUCCACCAUUAGUGUUUGUUGGCAAAGGAAUAACUUUUGACAGUGGUGGAAUUUCCCUGAAGUCUUCUAAAAAUAUGGAUGCAAUGAGAGCAGAUAUGGGAGGAGCAGCCACUGUUUGUUCAUCAAUUAUUACAGCAGCAUCUCUGAAGCUCCCCAUUAAUAUUAUAGGUCUUGCUCCCCUAUGUGAAAAUAUGCCUAGUGGCAAAGCUAAUAAGCCAGGUGAUGUCGUUAGGGCAAAAAAUGGAAAAACAAUCCAGGUUGAUGAUACAGAUGCUGAAGGUCGGCUGAUACUUGCAGAUGCUCUUUGUUAUGCACAUUGUUUCAAUCCCAAGGCCAUUGUCAAUGUUGCAACUUUAACAGGUGCUAUGAUUGCUGCCUUAGGCUCUGCAGCUGCUGGUGUCUUCAGCAACUCAGACUGGCUAUUUGAUCAUCUGAGGCAAGCAAGUGUUGUGACGGGAGACAGAGUUUGGAGAAUGCCUCUUUUUGAACACUAUUCCAGGCAGAUGACAGAAUCACAGCUGGCAGACCUUAACAACAUUGGCAAAGAUCGCGGGUCAGGAGGUGCCUGCACUGCUGCUGCAUUUCUAAAGGAGUUUAUCACAGUUCCUCAUUGGGCACAUGUGGAUAUUGCAGGUGUUAUGACAAAUAAGGAUGAGGUGCCCUACCUGCGGAAAGGCAUGACUGGAAGGCCAACAAGGACAUUAGUGGAAUUGGCAGCUCGUCUGAGCAAUGAUUUCAAUUAGGAUUGUAUACGCAUGGCAAUAAUUGAAAUAUAUGGAGAUGUUUUGAAAAUUCUAUCAUGAACCUUUAUUACAGAUAAUUGAACAGUUAAUGAUGUUAAAUUUAUCUACUUUAUUCUUUGCAAUGAAACGAAGAAUCAGAAAAUUGUAAUUAUUCCGUAAUAUCAUAUCAAAAUUAACUUAGGUUGAGGGCUUGAUCAAUUUCAGUUUUAGACUUGUCAAACAUUUAUCACUUCUUCCUCUAAUAGUUAGGUGCUAACAUGACAGACAUCAGGACAAGAUGUUCUGUCAUUUUAAUUGACUUUUCUAAACCCUUGACCAUUAUUUAAAGAAACUAGACAUUUUCGCCCAGGAGUUCACAUACAUUCAUUUAUGCAUUCAUACAUCCGUUUUCCUAGUCUACUUGAUCUAACUCUGAGACAAAAGGAGUCUAUCCUGGGUGGUAUUCCUCAAAGCAUGCUUAUGACAUUGAGAGUUAGUUAAAUAAACCUGGCUUUAUCUAGCCUAUGUAAUAUGUUUCUCGUUAGUGCAAAAUGGGCUUAUGCAGUCUAGAAUUAUGUGUGCACUUGUGAUAUUUAAGCAGCCCCAAAAAAUGAUCAUGGCAUAAAAACAUAGAGAUAGAAGUGUAAGUUCUACAGAUGAGUGAGUGCCUGUGAAAGUUAGACACGAGUCACCGAUCAUUCUGUUUAGCUUUUUAUUUAUUUAUUUUUUUUUGUUAUUAUUGAUGUCAAGUAGAAGAGCAUAUAAAUGAAAAGUAGAAGUAUUUUCAUCAGCUGAAGAAGAUGUAAUACAUGAGUUGUGCAAAUCUUUAAUAAAAGAAAAAGAAAUAUGUCAGAUGUGAAAAAGGGUAUGUGUCAGACUAUAGCACACGAAAUAAAUAUCUUAAGUACGUUACGGUUCUCAGUUUGUGUACUGGAUAAUUAAAUGCUAAUGGUGUUAUUCAAAAUGAAAACUUUCUUUUGAAUUGCCUAUUUUGUUUGUAAACUUAAUAGUUUGUAAAUGUCAUACUUAAAGAAAGCAUUGUUAACACUGUAUUCAGUAGCAACGUGAGUGGUGUGACGCACACUUGGCAGCCAGUGAAGUUUUAAUAGAAUAUAUUUCAGAAUGAGUAGAAUAUCCAUCCAUUUUCUAACCCGCUGAAUCCGAAUACAGGGUCACGGGGGGUCUGCUGGAGCCAAUCCCAGCCAACACAGGG